UGACCUCUCCUCUCCUUGGCAGACUAUCCCUGGAGGUGGAGCCACUCCAUCCCCAUGAACUCGGCUCUCAUCAAAUGGAUGUAUCUGCCCGACUUCUACAUGGCGCCCAACUCCACCAACCUCAUCAGUGACUUCCUGCUGCUGCUCUGUGCUUCCCAGCAGUGGCAGGUCUUUGAAGCCGAGCGGACGGAGGAGUGGCUGAGGGCGGCCGGGGAGAACACGGACCAGCUGGAGCUGGCCAGGGGCAGACCCAACCCGGUGCCCAACUUCAUCAACUGCAGGUCGUACCUGGACAUGCUGAAGGUGGUGGUGUUCCGUUACCUCUUCUGGUUCGUCCUGGUCGUGGUCUUCAUCACCGGUGCCACCCGCAUCAGCAUCUUCGGCCUGGGCUACCUGCUGGCCUGUUUCUACCUGCUGCUCUUCGGCACGGCCAUGCUGCGCAAGCCAGCCAAGGCCCGGCUGGUGCUCUGGGACUGCCUCAUCCUCUACAAUGUCACCGUCAUCAUCUCCAAGAACAUGCUGUCGCUCCUCUCCUGCGUCUUCGUGCAGCAGAUGCAGAGCAACUUCUGCUGGGUGAUCCAACUCUUCAGCCUGGUCUGCACCGUCAAGGGCUACUAUGACCCCAAGGAGAUGGGCAAGGACCAGGACUGCUCGCUGCCCGUGGAGGAGGCUGGCAUCAUCUGGGACAGCAUCUGCUUCUUCUUCCUCCUCCUUCAGCGCAGAGUCUUCCUCAGUUACUAUUUUCUGCACGUCAUGAUGGAGCUCCAGGCCUCGGCCUUGCAGGCCUCCAGAGGAUUCGCGCUGUACGAGGCCAGAACCCUGAAGAGCAUGAGUUCCCACCGGCACGCCGAGGAGAAGUCCCUGGCCCAGCUCAAGCGACAGAUGGAGAGGAUCCGGGCGAAGCAGGAGAAAUACCACCUGGGGCAGCGCCGCAGCGACUCCGCCGAGGCCCCGGACGAGGACCAGCCAGAGCCGAGUGGCGAGAAGGACCCUUCCCGGCAGAGGAAGAAUUGGUGGCGGCCCUGGUUAGACCAUGCCGCAGUGCUGCACUCGGGUGAGUAUUUCCUCUUUGAGUCGGACAGUGAGGAGGAGGAGGCCAGCUUGGAGGAGCAGAAGCCAGCCAAGCAGAGUGCGUUCCAGCUGGCGUAUCAGGCCUGGGUGACCAAUACCAAGUCUGCACUGAAGGAGCGGCAGCGGCAGGACCGGGAGGACGCUGAGUCGCCAGCAGGGGACGGCGGAGAUGGAGACGUCUGUGAGGCCGAUACGCCUGAAGAGCCUGAGGACCAAGAGGAGGAGGACACAGAGAGAAGCAACAUGGUGCAGCGGGCGCUGAACAUGGUGCGUUUCCUGUGGGUGCUGUGCCAGGCCACGGUGGACGGGCUCACCCAGUGGCUCCACGCCUUCACCAAGGAGCACAGGGACAUGUCCACCGUCCUGUGGGUGGAGAGAUACGUCCUCACCCAGAAGCUGUGCCAGGGCGACGAGGUGCACAGCGGGGUCCUGGACGACCUGUACCAGCCGGCGCCGGGCGACGAGACAGGCCUGCAGGCGGCCGCCGCCGUGGACUCUCACAACAGCAUGGCUUCAAGUGGGUGCGAAGGAGGCGACCUUCUCAGCAGUGGGGCUGAGGGCACCGACGACACCAUCUCCCCCCUGACAACCGGCUACCACAGUGAGGAGCAGAUAACGGCCCUGAGCUCCCAGGAGGAGGUGGAGCGGAUCCAGGGGUCUCAGGAGCUCCUGGUGUAUCCCAAGCACCGGACCCGAACGGCCAGCGAGCUGCUCUCCAACAGGCAGAAGUACUUCCAGGAGUUGGAGGAGUCGGAGCAGUUCUACCGGGCCCAGAACCGCUUCCUCAAGCUGCUGCUGGCCCUGUACCACUUCGUGGCUGCCCAUUCCGAGCUGCUCUGCUACUUCAUCAUCAUCCUCAACAACAUGGUGUCGGCUUCCGUCAUCUCCCUCUGCCUGCCCAUCCUGGUCUUCCUGUGGGCCAUGCUCUCCAUCCCGCGGCCCAGCAAGCGCUUCUGGAUGACGGCCAUCGUCUUCACCGAGGUGAUGGUGGUGGUGAAAUACCUCUUCCAGUUCGGGUUCUUCCCCUGGAACAGCUACUCCUCACUGGUGCGGAACGAUGCCAAGCCCUUCUUCCCGCCGCGCAUCCUGGGCCUGGAGAAGACCGACCGCUACCUCAAGUUUGACCUUGUGCAGCUCAUGGCUCUGUUCUUCCACCGCUCUCUCCUGCUGUGUUACGGCCUGUGGGAUCACAAGGAGGAUGCCUUCGCCAAGUGGAAGCGCGAGGCCGAGCGGGCGGAGGAGGAGAAGCGCGAGGCCGAGCGGGCGGAGGAGGAGAAGCGCAAGGCAGCAGAGCCGACGGAGGAAGAGAAGCGCGAGGCCGAACCGGUGGAGGAGGAGAAGCGCGAGGCAGCAGAGCCGGCAGUGGAGCCGCCACCCGUGCUGGACAGGGGGGACGGUGCGGAGCCCCCAGCAGCGAAUGGGGCAGAGGCAGAGGUGGUGGCAGCAGGACUGGAGCUGCAGGAGAAGGGGGCCGGGGAGGGGGAGAAGGGGAGCCAUCUGCGCUUCCGGAAGAAGAAGAAGGAGAAGAGGAGGUGGACCAAGAAGUGGAAGGCAGUAGCAACAGUGGCAGAGGAGGAGGAGGAGGAGAAGGAGAAGGAAGAGAAGAAGCAGAGCCCAGCCCGGGAGAAGCUGAAGGCUGCUGGGCUCAGAGUCAAGCUCUUCCUUCUAGCUGUGGCACAGAACAUGUACCAGCCACUGAGGGGCUUCUUCUGCGCCAUCCUGCACACCAAGUAUCAGGCUGCUACUGAUGUCUACGCCCUCAUGUUCCUGGCAGACGUGGUCGACUUCAUCAUCAUCAUCUUCGGCUUCUGGGCCUUUGGGAAACACUCGGCUGCUGCCGACAUCACCUCCUCGCUGUCGGACGACCAGGUGCCAGAGGCCUUCCUGGUCAUGCUGCUCAUCCAGUUCUCCACCAUGGUCAUCGACCGAGCCCUCUACCUCCGCAAGACCGUGCUGGGCAAGCUCAUCUUCCAGGUCAUCCUGGUCUUCGGCAUCCACCUCUGGAUGUUCUUCAUCCUGCCAGCGGUCACCGAAAGGAUGUUCAGCCUGAACACAGUAGCCCAGCUGUGGUACUUCGUGAAGUGCAUCUAUUUCGCUCUGUCGGCCUAUCAGAUCCGCUGCGGCUACCCGACUCGCAUCCUGGGCAACUUCCUGACCAAGAAAUACAACCACCUCAACCUCUUCCUCUUCCAAGGGUUUCGCCUGGUGCCCUUCCUGGUGGAGCUGCGUGCCGUGAUGGACUGGGUCUGGACCGACACCACCCUGUCCCUCUCCAACUGGAUGUGCGUGGAGGACAUCUACGCCAACAUCUUCAUCAUCAAGUGCAGCCGGGAGACUGAGAAGAAAUACCCCCAGCCCAAGGGCCAAAAGAAGAAGAAGAUUGUCAAGUACGGCAUGGGCGGCCUUAUCAUCCUCUUCCUCAUCUGCAUCAUCUGGUUCCCGCUGCUCUUCAUGUCGCUGGUGCGCUCCGUGGUGGGCGUGGUCAACCACCCCAUUGACGUCACCGUCACCCUCCAGCUGGGGGGCUACGAGCCGCUCUUCACCAUGAGCGCCCAGCAGCAGUCCAUCCAGCCCUUCACACCCCAGGACUACGAGGAGCUCACCAAGAAGUUUGAAAGGCAGCCGGUGGCCAUGCAGUUCAUCACGCUAUACGGCUACGAGGACAUCGUGAGGGCGCAGAUCGAGGGCAGCUCGGGCUCGCUCUGGAGCAUCAGCCCCCCCAGCCGCGAGCAGAUGCGGGGGGAGCUGCUGAAAGGCUUGUCGGACAUCACGCUGCGGCUCACCUGGACCUUCCAGAGGGACCUGGGCAAGGGUGGCACCGUGGAGCACACCUUCGACAAGCACACCACCGACUUGCAGCCGGGCACCCCCAUCCGCACCGAGCUCGCCGACCUGCUGCAGGGAACCAGGAACACCGCCGUGAAUGUCCCCCAUCUCUUCCCCACGUACGUCCGCGCACCCAACGGCCCAGAGGCCAACCCCGUCAAGCAGCUGCUGCCAGAGGAGGAGGAGAGCUACCUGGGCGUGAAAGUGCAGCUGCACCGGGAGCGCGUGGGCGCCAACGACAGCUACCUGGAGUGGUGGGUGGUGCAGCUGAGCGAGUGCCAGCAGACCUGCAACAUCCUGCCCAUGGUGAUCUUCAACGACAAGGUCAGCCCGCCCAGCCUGGGCUUCCUGGCCGGCUACGGGAUCAUGGGCCUCUACGUGUCCAUCGUGCUGGUGAUCGGCAAGUUCGUGCGGGGCUUCUUCAGCGAGAUCUCGCACUCCAUCAUGUUCGAGGAGCUGCCGUGUGUGGACCGUAUCCUCAAGUUGUGCCAGGACAUCUUCCUGGUGCGCGAGACGGGCGAGCUGGAGCUGGAGGAGGAGCUCUACGCCAAGCUCAUCUUCCUCUACCGCUCGCCCGAGACCAUGAUCAAGUGGACGCGGGAGAAGGAGUAGCAGGGAGCUGCUGCGGGCCCCCUCCGCCCCCUGGACUGUCACAACCGAGGCCUUAACCCAGCCCAGCCAGAGCGCCCCGGCGUGGGGGGCCGGGCCGAGUGCUCCAGGCGACCCGCCAGUCCCUUCCCCUGGCCGGCAGGGGGUCUGAGCUGUGCCCAGCGCCACCCGUGUGCAGAGGGGGCAUCUUGGGCAGGCUGGACUUGUGCUUUUUAAAAGGAAGUUGAACUGCUUUACGAGUGAGUCCUGUAAAGGCAGCUGGGUGAAGACCCCCCUCCCGAGGAGUCACGCUCCCUCCCCAUCAGCGGGGUGGGGACACGCUCCUGCCCCAGCCCCACCUCAGUGCCUUCCAGCCCUACUGCUUCCUGGCUGUUAGCACCCCUGGGCGAAGGGGGGUGCAUGCUGGAGCCCAUUCAGCGGCUGUGCCUGCCUGUGAGGGAGAUGGGCUCCCCCUCCUGCAGCGGGAGAAUCCAAGCCAGCCGCCCGCAGUCGCUCCCAACUCCACUGCAGGCAAAGCCUGGCCCAGUUGCCCCCUUGGCCUGCUCCUGAAUCUGGCUGCACUAACACUCCAGAGCAAUACCUUCCUCGCCCCCCCCUCCCCCCCAGCACAGCACUGGCCAGCACCCAUGGGUGCAAGCAGAGGGUCCCACUAGCCUGACAGCCCCCCCGGCGGUGCUGGGCUUGCCGCUCCUCUUGCCCUGCCUGCAGAGGGCGUGGGACAUGCUACUGCAGCCAAGGCCCAGUGCAGGGAGCUCUGCUCGUCCCAGGACUGGUUCGCCCCCCCCAGGCACUCCAAGGGGGGAGGGCUGGGCUCGCUCCAGCUGGACUGUAGAUUUUUUUAAAUUCAAAUGGUUUAUUUAUACAGAUCUCUAAUAAAAGCCAAGCCACGGCCUGUUAGCGUGA